AUGGCAUCAAUGCCGAAACCGAAUCAAUCUGCCCGAGGCCGAGUGACUGUGGUCCUUGGCUCGCAAUGGGGUGAUGAAGGCAAGGGGAAACUGACCGAUAUGCUCGCGGGAGAAAUGGACAUCUGUGCGAGGUGCGCUGGAGGAAACAAUGCUGGGCAUACGAUUGUCGCAAAUUCUGGACCUGACAACGUGAAGACAAAGUUUGACUUUCACCUGCUCCCUUCUGGUCUUGUGAACCCGAAGUGCAUUGGAUUCAUUGGGAGCGGCGUGGUCAUGCAUGUCCCGUCGUUCUUCAGCGAACUUGACACGAUUGAAAAAAAGGGCCUCAAAUGUGAUAACCGUUUGUUUGUAUCGGAUCGCACGCAUCUUGUCUUCGACUUUCACCAGGUCGUUGAUGGCCUCAAGGAAGUCGAGCUAGGCGGAAGCAGCAUCGGUACGACAAAGAAAGGUAUUGGUCCUGCCUAUUCAUCGAAGGCUUCACGCUCGGGUCUACGUGUCCAUCAUUUGUAUGACUUCGACACCUUUGCGGCCAAGUUCCGUAAGCUCGUGGAAGGCCGAUUCAAACGAUACGGCAACUUCGAGUAUGACACAGAGGGCGAAAUUGCCAGGUACCGUGCGUUCGCUGAGCGUCUGCGUCCAUUCGUUGUAGAUGGUGUGACGUUCAUCCACUCGAUGCUCUCUUCGAACCGACGUGUACUUGUCGAAGGGGCUAAUGCUCUGAUGUUGGACUUAGACUACGGCACGUAUCCCUUCGUCACGUCCUCUUCGACAGGCAUCGGUGGUGUUUGCACGGGUUUGGGCAUCCCUCCGCAGUGCAUUGGUGGCGUGAUUGGUGUAAUGAAGGCGUACACGUCGCGCGUGGGCGCAGGUCCAUUCCCAACCGAGCUGAACGACGAAAUCAUGACGCAUUUGCAGGAGGUGGGAGCCGAGUACGGCACAACCACGGGUCGUCGUCGUCGAUGCGGUUGGCUGGACCUGGUUAUGAUGCGGUAUUCGUGCCUAAUCAAUGGAUACACAUGCCUGAACCUGACGAAGCUUGAUGUACUCGACAAUUUGCCAGAAAUCAAGGUCGCCACUACUUACAUGCUUGGCGACAAGGAGCUGUCGAGCUUCCCAGCGGACUUGAACAUUCUUGCCAAGGUCGAUGUCCAGUACAAAACGUUCAAGGGCUGGCGCGGACCCAUUAGCAAUUGCACGUCGUAUGAGCAGUUGCCAGACACUUGCCGCGAGUACAUUGAGUUUAUUGAGAAUUUCUUGGGCGUCCAUAUUGAGUGGAUCGGCGUUGGACCAGGCCGUGAGGCUAUGGUGCAUCGCCCUUUGCCCCCGCAUGAAAUGUAG